AUGCAAAAAGGUAAGAGACAAGAGGAAGGUACGAUUCAAUGCGAACCAACUAAGCCAACCUGCCCACCAGGACCACCAGGACCACCAGGACAGCCAGGAGCUCCAGGACAACCAGGUGCACCAGGACCAAGAGGAGAAGACAACACAGCUACAUACGCUCCAAUUCACUGCCCACCUCCUGUUCUCGAUUGCAUCCAAUGCCCACAAGGACCAGCCGGACCAGCCGGACCAACAGGACCACCCGGACCAGCUGGACCAUCAGGACAACCAGGAUUCCCAGGACAACGCGGAAAUGACGGAUUCCCAGGAGCUCCAGGGGCACCAGGAGACAAUGGACAGCCAGGAGCUCCAGGACAAGACGGAUUCCCUGGACAACCAGGAGCUGACGGACAACGUGGAGCUGGUACUCCAGGAGCCCAAGGAGCUCCAGGAAAUGCUGGACCAGCUGGACCAGCAGGACAACCAGGAUUCCCAGGACAAGACGGAGCUCCAGAACAAGCUGGACCAGCUGGGCAGGAUGGAUACCCAGGAAACAAUGGAUCUGAUGGACAACCAGGAUCUCCAGGAGGACCAGGACUCCCAGGAAACGAUGCUGCUUACUGUACCUGCCCACCAAGAUCUGCCGUUUUCCUUUCUCGUCAUUAA